CAUUAUGCAAGCGCGUUAAAAGAAAGCAGCGGGAGUCAAGUGGGUACGAACAAAAAAGAGGGGCAGGGAUCGGGACGAUCGAGGGUCAGGAUUCAAAUUCUAAAGUGGAAAGUUGUUCCCAUUGUGAGGAGGGACAUAAAGCAGGCGCCCAAGCCAGCGGAGGAGAGAAGUUGCAGUUUGGAUACAGAAACAUCACCAUGGCCUCGACACGCUCCUACCCUUGGAUUGCUUUGGUUCUUAUCGCGAUGAUUACCAACGAUAUCGGAGUACGGGGCCGCGCACUGGAUGCGCAUGGAUUCGUGGAAGCCUCACCGGGAAUGUCGACUCGGUCCCCAAGACCAUCUUUACGCACGGACCUCCUGAGGCGCUGGAGGCGAGGCGCCGCGGAGGCUCACCGGGAGCGCUGCGCGGAGCUAACGGCAGCUUGGCAGGAAAGCCCGCAUCGUAGUCCCCGGCCCAAUUCGACCGUGUUGCGCCUCACUGUCAGGCCUUUGUCUUCUGGAGCUUCCUGGGGCUUGGUGUUUCCAGAGAAGCCCCUCUUCAGCUUCGUGCGGCGGGUCUACCGGUGCUGUCAGGACGGACUCGACUGCAGGAACGUCAAAGGGCUUCAGAGCCGUUUAAGACGAGGUUCGGAUGUAGAGUUGCUCCUCACCAGGGAGGUCUUAUCAUUGAGCAUAAGGAGAGCUGAGCUUCACCUCCAGUUGACAAAUCCGCAACAGGUGGACAUCCAUCCUGUGCUUUUUUCCAUGGCAAAGAGCAACCUUCCAACAAGGUUUAUUUCAAGAUCCCACGCUACCACUGUGGACUUGCGAGUGGAUCUGCUGUUCCUUUUUCAGAGUCUUCAAGAGGCAGCGGGCGGUCCCGGAGGAGCUCGCCGCUUGGUGAACAUGCGGAAGGUCAUGCUUUCCUCCUUGCAUAAAAAGCUGGCUUCAGUGGAUCUCCAGGACAAUGGUGGAGUCGUGUGGGGGGAGCAGGGCUUGGCCUUAGGCUGCAGUCGGGCCGGAGUCGGUGUGCUCUGCGAAAGCAGCGGGGUUGGUCUCCUACACGCACCUUUUGUGACCCUCUACUACCUAUGAGGCCAAACUGACACUGAACUCAAGUACACUUCCACCUUCAAGCUCGUCAAGUUAAGACUGAUCUGAAAUGAUGCACUUCCUAAGCAAAUUUAUUAACUUAUAAAUGUUAUGGUUUGUAGAAAUUAUAUAAAUAUAUAUAAACAUUU